AUGUCUCUAAGCACAUCAGCAUCGAGUCUGCUGGAGCUGAGUCCAGGCCGAGGCUCUGCCAACUCCGGCCCCAGAGCCCCAGAGCGGGCUCCAGCUGGCGGACCCCUGAAUGCCCCUCUAUGGACAAGAGCACGAAAGAGACGGCCCGAUGGAGAGAGUGCCAGGCUUGGAGUCAGUGACACCCGAAUUCGAAUCCCGCCUCAGACACUCUGCGGGGUCGGGGCAGGACCCUAUUUUCCGGGAGGUUCGAUCUGCCCCAGUUGGUGGACAAUCCUCGGGGGUUUGCAACGAGGACUACUGAGUCUUCGGGUAAAGAAGUGUUUGGAGGCGGGGGCGCAGGAUCUCAAGAGUCGGAGCCCCAACAGUCGAUGCGCACGCGGUGGUUGCGCUUACCUUACAGCCUGGCCCUCGCCCUCAGAGGUCGCAGCCCCGGAGUCCGCCUGCGCAGGCGCACUUCCAGCUGGGCGACUGAAAUCCUUGACUUUUCAAGAUGUGGCUGUGGACUUUACUCAAGAGGAAUGGGGCCAGCUGGAUUCUGCUCAGAAGAACAUGUAUAGAGAUGUGAUGCUGGAGAAUUAUGAGAAUUUUAUCUCCCUUGGUCUUCCAGUUUCUAAGCCAGAUGUGAUCUCUCAUUUGGAGAAAAGAGAAGCUCCAUGGCUGCUAGAGAGAAAAGUCCUAAAAAACCCUCGGUUAGAUUCCCUUGUUUUGCAGACAAGGUAUGAAACUAAGGAGUCAAUUCCAGAACAGCUUAUUUCUAUAGAAAAGUUAUCUAAGGAGAAACUCACCAAGGAUGAUGCAUGGAAUUCUAAGUUGGGAGAACCUUGGGAUUGUGAGAUCAGGUUAGAGAAAGAGAAAAGUUGUCAAGAGAAAGAGUCCAGGCAAGUGACAAUCCCAAACAGAAAAGCUUUUAAUGAGCUGAAUACUCAAGAAUAUAAUACCUUUGGGGCAAUCCUCAUUCUUCCACAGAGAGUUCCUUUAGGAAAGUGUCUUCACAAAUAUGAUCCACUUGGAAAGAGCUGCAAACCAUUUUCAGACCCAGUUAAACACAAUAUAACCUUAGGGAAGAAACUUUGUAAGUAUGCUAAGUGCAAAAAGUCAUUUAGUUAUCAUUCAAACCUUAUUCAUUACUAUAGAAGACAUACUCGAAGCAAACCCCAUAAAUGUAAUGAAUGUGGCAAAGCCUUCAGCAUUAACUCAUGCCUUACCGUACAUCAAAGAAUCCAUACUGGAGAGAGACCUUAUCCAUGCAGUGAAUGUGGGAAAGCAUUCAGCCAGAAGGGAAAUCUUAAAAGACAUAAGCUGAUUCAUGCUGGAAAGAAACCGUUUGAAUGUAAUGAAUGUGGGAAAGCUUUCAGCAGUAAUGAAUACCUAACUCAACAUCAAAGAAUUCAUACUGGAGAGAAGCCCUAUAAGUGUAAUGAAUGUGGGAAAAACUUCAGCCAGAAGGGAAGCCUUAAUGUGCAUAAGAGGAUUCAUACUGGAGAGAAACCAUAUAAGUGCAAUGACUGUGGGAAAGCCUUCAGCCAGAAGAGAAGUCUUGAUGCACAUAAGAUAAUUCAUAGUGGAGAAAAGCUUUGCUCAUGUAAUGAAUGUGGAAAAACCUUCAGCAACAAUUUUCACCUGAAUAUACACAAGAUAAUUCAUACAGGAGAGAAACCAUUUGAGUGUAAUGAAUGUGGGAAAUCCUUUAGUAGUAAUCAAUAUUUAAGCCAACAUCAAAGAAUUCAUACAAGAGAGAAACCCUAUAAAUGUAGUGAUUGUGGGAAAGCCUUCAGCCAGAAGGGAAGCUUUAAUGUACAUAAGAGAAUUCAUACUGGAGAGAAGCCCUAUAAAUGUAAUGAAUGUGGAAAAGCCUUUAGCCAGAAUAGAAGUCUUAAGGUACAUAUGAUACUUCAUACUGGAGAAAAGCCUUGGUCUUGCAGUGAAUGUGGGAAAACCUUCAUCAACAGUACUUACCUUAAUAUACAUAAGAAAAUUCAUACUAGAGAGAAGCACUUUGAAUGUAACGAGUGUGGGAAAAGCUUCAGGCAUAGUUCAUACCUCUUGCAACAUCAGAGAAUGCAUACUGGAGAGAAACCCUAUAAGUGUAAUCAAUGUGGGAAGGCCUUCAGCCGUAAGGGAAGUCUUAAUGCACAUAAGAGAAUUCAUACUGGAGAGAAACCUUUUGAAUGUAAUGAAUGUGGGAAAGCAUUCAGCCAAAAGGGAAACCUUAAUACACAUAAGAAAACUCAUACGGGAGAGAAACCCUUUGAAUGUAAUGAAUGUGGGAAAGCUUUCAGGCUGAGGCAGACCUUUGCUGCUCAUAAGAAAAUUCAUAUUAUUGAGCAACCCUUUGAAUAUGUGUUUGGGAAGGUGGUCAGUUAGAGGGAAUACCUAAAAAGACUUAAUAUAAUUUACAUUGGUGAGAAUUUCCAUAAAUGUAAUAAAUGCCUCAUCACUCAUCAGAGACUUCAUGCUGGAGAUGUGCAGAGGGGGAGAGCUUAAUAAAAUUUUAU